GAGCGAGCAGCUUCUACUCAAGGGCUUAACUGAGUAGUGGGAGUUCCUACGCCGGUAGAGAAAGGGGAGAAGCCGGACCAGAGACGACUGGGAAGUGGGAAGGCUUCCUUUCGCGGGCUUGCUAGCGCCAAACUUUUUAAACCGGAUCCCGGAAAACCACCGCCCCUUCUUUGCAGCAGCCAAUCAGCGGAGCCGUAUACUUGGCGUGGCUGGGGGUGGGGCGGAGUCUACUGAGGUUCGGGGUCCGCGCAGCGCAGCCGAGGAGAGCGGGAGGAUCUCUAGGCUGGUGGCGCGUUUUGUGGCGGGUGGGAACGAGGUGAGCGAACGAAAGAGGCUACGGGGUAAAGUGGGAAAUUAGGUGUGGGGAUCAUGGACUUCUGUGGGUGCCAUUAGGGUUGGGUGGGAGACCACGUUGGGGUUUGGUGUGCUCCAAGUUUCCCCCAGUGACAAACGUAGUCGUGUGGCGCUCUUGCGCUCCCAUCCUAAGCAGAGUCACGCCCCUCUCAGCCCAUUGAUUUCAACAGACUUAGAAGAGUGCUACUCUGCCCAGGGCUGCUUUCUUAAGCACUUACGGUUGGAGUUUCCUGAUGCCUGCCUGCUACCUGAAUGCUGGAAAUGAUACACAACCAAAAAGUACAUAGCAUAUUUAAGUGAAGCUGAAGUACAUGUGAGUUAACUGAAGUACACAACUGAAGUACAUGUGAGUUAAAAAGACGUUUAGAGUGGCAAAAUGAACACUGAAGACAAGGAAAACCAGUCUUUUGAACCGCAUGAAAGCACAGUGAAAACUCCUCUGAAACAGAGAGCUACCUCCAAUUUGUUCUUGGCAGAGAUCCAGCCUGCUGCUGCUUGCCAUCUGAUGACACCACCAAAGCCUAAUGAAAUCUCGGCUGCAGAUCCAUGGACACCAACAGCUAACCUUAAAAUGCUGAUCAGUGCAGCUAGUCCUGAGAUUAGAAAUCGUGAACAGGAAAAGAAAUUAUUGCACAGCAGAAAUGAAACCCUUGAGGACCAUUUAUCAGGAGAUGAAUAUGAAAAAUCCCAACCAAGCCGUAAAGAGAAAAGCUUAGGAUUGCUGUGUCACAAAUUUUUAGCUCACUAUCCUCAUUACCCCAACUCUUCUAAAAACAGUGAAAUUUGCCUUGAUGAAGUUGCAGAAGAGCUUAAUGUUGAACGCAGACGCAUAUAUGACAUAAUGAAUGUUCUAGAAAGUCUUCAUAUGGUGAACCGGGUUGCCAAAAACCGGUAUGCUUGGCAUGGGUGUCAUAAUCUGAAAAGAACGCUGCAGGUUUUGAAAAAAGUGGCUGAGGAGAACAAAUACAUGCAGCAAAUGCAGUUGAUUAAAAAAAUGGAGGGCAUAGAAGAGCCUGAGGAAAACAAUCAGAGGACUGAGUUGAUGGUGAAGCAUGACAUUCCAAGCAACCAUAUGGAUAUAAGCUUUGUUGAACUUCCUGGGAUGGAGUUUCGAGGAGCUUCAGUAAACAGUCGUAAAGAUAAGUCAUUAAGAGUGAUGAGUCAGAAAUUUGUGAUGUUGUUCCUUGUAUCAACCCCUCAAGUUGUGAGUCUUGAAGUUGCUGCUAAAAUUUUAAUUGGUGAAGACAAUGUUGAGAAUUUAGAUAAAAGCAAGUUUAAAACUAAAAUCCGGAGACUCUAUGAUAUUGCUAAUGUUCUCGGCAGUCUUGAUUUAAUCAAAAAGGUUCACAUUAAAGAGGAGAAGGGCCGCAAGCCAGCAUUUGAAUGGACAGGACCCAGUGUUUUUUCAGAUGUUCAAGAUGCGCCAUCCGUACUUUCACCCACUACAAUUGUUCCAGCUCAUCCUGUGGAACAGAAGUCUUCCAAAGAACAUUGUUCCAAGAACCUUUUCCCCACAAAGUCUAAACAAGGCUUCACACGGCAUCCCUCCUUAAUAAAAUUGACAAAGAGUAUACAGAGUGAUCAUAGGAAAAUUCGUUCUGCUCCAAGCAGUCCCAUCAAGAAAAGCACAAGUAACAUCCCAUCAAGCUUUCCAAACAAGAUGGCUCAACUUGCAGCAAUUUGCAGACAGCAAUUAGAUGAGCAAUCAAGGGAACCGAACAAGACAACGUUGGAGUUGGCGUCCUCUCCCUUGGCACGCACUCUGGCUUUGCAACCUAAAUCUUGUUUGCCUUCUCAUGUAGAGGUCCUGCCUCUUAUCCACAGCUCAGCAUCUCCACCAACACUACCUCAUAACCAUUCCAACGCAUCCUGUACAGUGUAUGUGCAUCCUUCCCAAAUGCAAAUAGCAUCAGCAUACCAUCCAAGUUUCAUAGUACAACCUGUUGCCUGUCCUAAUGUAAUUGGAAUGAAGCACCCUGCAGAAACUGGGUCAAAAGCAGCACCUGUUAAAAUGUUUACUGAAGGUGAUGGCAUCAAUUCAGGAGAGAGUGAGGCUCAUGCGAAAGAGGAGAGCAUUGGGGCUGCCAAGAAGCAAGAAGGUUCAAAAAAUGACUGUGCCUCCAAGAAAUUUCUUAAAAAGUGUAAAUUAGUACAUGAGUACUGUCCAGUUAAAAAAUGUAAACAUGAGGAGCAAAAGCUUCAAGAUAUGUUACUGGGAGAAUCCGUUAAGAAUUCAAAAACCCAGUCUUGCACAGCAUUACAUUUGGACCAGGAAGUCUUAACUUUGUCAGCAGAAGAACAAAAUCAAUUUAAACUCAAGAAUCGAAGCAGGGAACAUGAAUCCAAGCAGCGGAAACAGAGAAAUCUUUUGGGAGAUGAUGGUGCCUUCCCAGCAGAAGACCCACCUGUAUACAAGGCUUGGUUUCCUUCAAGUUACCUUAUACCCCUUACUAAUUGUACUCAAAGUGGUAAUGAAACCACUGUUUCUAACAAGGGGAAAGCCAAGAUGAGUUUAGCAGAACCAAAGUCCCACAAUUCCCUUACCGCUGGUGGCAUUCCAGUGACAUCUGAAUGUACAGCAAUUAAUUUCCCUGUUUUUCAUAUAACUCCUUUGAACUUAUUGUUGCCACCAUCUUCUGUACCUACCAUCCCUGUGGUAAACAACACCGUUCUUCCUUCAGUCAUCCAGGCUAAUCCUAUUCAGACCCCAAGUUCUUCUGUUCUGAACUUUACACUACAGCAUUUGGGACUGAUGCCAGCUACUAUGCAGAUGUCUGCCCAUCCAGGACUUGCAGAUGUCUGCCAGUCUACCCUGAUUCAUCAAGGAGCUGAAUGUGUUGGUUCUGUUCCUAGUAGCGUAGGUUUGAAGCAAGGAAAAACAUUACAAAAUGCUUUACUGGAGCGCAACCAUGAGCUAAGUGGAAAACAAGUUCUAAAAGUUCCAUUUCCACAGACCACAGUUUCUAUUACAUGUAGUGUUUCUAAGGAAGUCAAUGAAACAGUCUUCCUCCCACCAAGCCAACCAGCCAUAGCUUGUUCUUGUUCAUCUGCUCCUGAGCCAAAUGUGGUUGGAAGUUCCCAUGGAACGUCAUCAGAGCUGCAAAGAGAAUUUGAUGCAUCAACAGAAGAUGAAUUUUGACUUGGGAGAGAAUACUGUUGCUCUCUUGUGAACGCAUGUAAUUGUAACUCUUGGCAUUUCUGGUAUUAUAAGCUAGAUCAGUGUGUACCAUGGAAAUGUUUUUGAAAUUCACAGAUUGCUUCAUCAUGCUAAAAUAGCUCUUUACUUGUAGUUCUAGUCAAUAGACUUGAGCUCUUACAAAACAAGGACUGUAAAAAGCUUACAUUAAAAAGCAUUAAAAGACAACUCACUUUAAAUAUCCGAUUUCACAGUUCUGUAGAAUAAAGCUCUUAUUCAUUUGCACAGAAAUGUACUAGAUGCAUAAAUGGUGAAUUGCAAACAGCAAGGAUGUAUUAUAUUUUCAAAACUGUAAAGGUAAAAUAACAUUUACUUCUUGAGUUUUUAUUAAUAUCAUAAAAUUUAAAAUUUUAAUCACGUCUAUGUAAAUACAAUUUAUUUCAAAUAUUAAUCUGUUUUUUCAAGUUGUAUUUGGAAUUUUCUAUUUUUCCACACAUUUGAUUGAAACAAAAUGCUGGCAAGAGCUUUUGUAGAAAUAUAGCACAAUAAAUUUACCACAUGGGCAGUAAUGCAA